AUGACUUUCACCCGGGUGCUACCCGUCGCGGCUCUGUUCCUGAUGCAAGGGGAUUUUGCAGGAGCUGGCAGUGAAACCGUAACUCUAAAGGAAGGAGAGGACCUGAAUCUGCAGUGUACCCUCAGCAGUGACGACGGUUCUGCCCGGCAGUGGUUAAACCCUCACGGGUUUGCAAUUUUUCUGAACACCCAGCGGGCUUUAAGAGAUCAGAGGUACAAACUUAUCCAUUAUUCAAAGGAUGAAUUAUCCAUCCAACUGUCUAACGUAACAGUGCACGAUGAAGGCAUAUACAAAUGCCUUUACUACGGCAUCCCGUUCAAAAGCAAGAACAAGACUGUUGAGGUAUUAGCUGCUCCUUCUAAUCCAGUACUGGAAGUAUCCCAAGACGCAGGAAGAAGCAUUACGCUGUCUUGCUAUACCCAAGGAUGUAAACCACAGCCCCAGAUUACCUGGCUGUUGGACAACGGGAUAGAGCUCCCUGGUGACACUAAGCACGAGUUAGAAGCUGAUGGGAAGAAAUGGACCACAACCAGCACGCUGACAGUCCUCGCCUAUGGGCCCAAUUCAACAGCCAGCUGCAUCAUUCGCCACCAAGCACUAAGAGAAGAGAAGCUGAUGGCGUCUUUCCGGUUCGAGGACCUCCCUAGGACAGUGACAAAAACAAAUCCUGCACCAGCUGCGCCAGAGGUUGAUACACGUGUCUCUGAGAACGAGCAAUCUACAGUGACCGCAACAGUGUCAGAUCUGAACAGCAGCACGGCCUCCACUCCAAGCUACCCACAGCAUACUGAAUCCGAACAACCAACCGUCCCUUCUGCAGUACCAGAGGAUCCAGUCAUUACCAACUCAGCGUCACCACCAACCCAGCAAAACCUGCAACCAGAUGUCACAUCUACUUGGUCCGAAGUAACGCCAGCUGCAGCAGGAAAGGAAGAAUUGGCUGGUUCGUCGAGUUACCAUGUCCCCAACGGGACUGAAACAGCAUUCAAUGGCAAUGUCACAGAAGAGGAACUUUCCAGCACAGAAGCCCCACUACCAAGUGAAAAUGUAACUGUGAUUUCCACCAUCACCUUCGAGCAAGAUCUGAAAUCUGAAGGCAUCAAAAAGAAGGAGAAUAAUCUCUUGCUGCCGAUCUUGGUGGCUGCUCUGAUUUUCGUGCUGCUCAUCAUUGUCCUGCUUUUUAUGAGGAAGCUCAAAAAAGCUCAUGGAGUGUGGAAGAGAGAAAAUGAUGUUUCAGAGCAGACGCUGGAGAGUUAUAAAUCCAAAUCUAAUGAAGACAGUCCGGGCCACGAGAGGAACGGACACGUUGCCAACCAGAAGUCCAACAUGCAGUAUGUAACAGAAGGAUAUGUAGAAAGAACACAGAAGAAUCCAAGUGACAAAAACAUUGUAAUAAGCGCGAAACUGUUUGGAUGUGGAAAGGAAACGGAUGUAUAG